GCAGCUCGUGGAGAAUAGCUCCUCUAUGAACGCCCUUCAGACAGACUUGCCUGUGAAUCACAUUUUCCACCUACAACACUGUUGCUUCAGACUGGGCCCCUCCGAAGGAACACAUGCACGCAAAAAGCCUUCUCCCUCGCCAAUAAAAUCACCGAGACGGGCCGAUCUGCUGCCGAGCGCUGUGAACACACACGAUCAAUACAAUCGACUCAGUGGAAACUUUUGUUUGGACUUGAAGACUUUCCACUAAAGUUUUUUUCCCCCCUUCUUUUUGAUGGGAGAUCAUGUGCGAAUAUCGGAGUAAUGGCCUAUUCAUUCCUCUGUCACAUUUAAUCAAUCAACCCCGAUGGAACCUUUUAAGUUAGCGAACCCGUUUCUGCCCUGAUCAAUGGUAGUUAUUGAUCUACUGGCUAUUGUUGUUGACGAUCAGGAGUGAGUAAUCGUCCGCGCUGACAUGGAUCUUCAGGUGGUUGUCUGGCUGUUCUACAGCUUUCUGCUGCCCACUGUGCUGUUAACAGCUUGUCUUUUUCGCUACAACAUCCUGUCGCUGGUUUACUUCCUCUACCUGCUGCUGCUGCCAUGGUUCCUGUGUCCCAACAAACACACCAUCAGAGGGCACACAGGUCGGUUUAUCAAAGCGGUAUUCUGUACCAGUCUGCUGUUUGUGCUGGCUCAUAUCUGCUUCCAGACAGUGCUAUACACCUACCCUCCUCUCAACAUCGCCAUAGGUGAUAACUGUUCACAAUGGGACACCAUAACCAGACAUAUAGGACUGUCCAGGCUUCCCCUGGAUGAUCCUUGGAGUGUGUUACGCCUUCUGUGUCCUGACCUGGGUGUGUGUAUGGUUGCCUUGGUAACAGUCAUCCUCUGCAGCAGACUGGUCAGGAACAGAGAGAUGGUGGCUGCUGCCAACAUUACAUCGCUAGAAGGUGAUCCAACAGACAAAACCACAGAUGAUGAGGAGGAGGAGGAAGAGGAAGAGGAGGAAGAGGUAUCAGGAGAUGAAGAUGAAGAAGAGAGGUCAUUAACUGGUGAACCUGACGAGGAGGUUUCCACAGCAACCAGAGCCAAGCAGCUGGCUGAGCGUCUGAAGGCCACAGCCCGGAAAGUUCUGCGGGACCUGGGGAGAAUCUUGGCCGUCAGCCUGCUGGCGUUGGCUGGCAUCACACUGCCCUCUGCCUUCUCGGCCAUCUACUUCCUGCUCUUCAUCGGCGUGUGCACAUGGUGGGCAUGCCACCUUCCCAUGAGUUCCCUGGGUUUCAAUGCACUGUGUGUGAUGGUGGGCUUCUUCACUUCUGGUCACAUGGUUUGUCUGUACUUGUACCAGAGUCUGCUGGCCCAGGCCCUGUUUCCCCCACACAGUCUGUGGGCCAGACUCUUUGGUCUGAAGGACAUCAUCAUACCAGGGAACUGCUCCUCGCCCUAUGACCUCAACCUUAAUGCAGAUCAUGAUUGGCCAGUUUAUGUCAACCCAGGAAUACUGUUCCUCCUCUACAUUACCAUAGCAACUGUUAUCAAGACGGGAUGUCAUGGAGCUCCUAACCAGCAGCAGCAGCAGCAGCAGCAGCAGCAGCAGGGGAACAGGGAGGAAUUAAAGGAGGAGAUGGUGGAGUUAAGGUCAUGGAAUCAACAGAAAGAUAACCAUGAAGAUGACACACAGCUCAUGCUCCAGUCUGUGGGGGCAGAAAACAGCAGUGGAGGGACCGUGGCUGCAGAGAGUCAGCCAGAUCUGGGUGUUUGCAACGCUCCCAGUGGCCAACAGAGUGAAAGUCCAUUUUUCCUGCUGGGAAAAGUGGUCAUGCAGCAGAGCUAUGUCUGCGCUCUCAUAGCCAUGAUGGUUUGGAGCAUCACGUACCACAGCUGGCUGACCUUUGUGCUGCUGCUGUGGGCUUGUCUCAUCUGGAUCCUGCGUGCCAGACGGCAUGCAGCCACGCUGUGCUCUCCGUUUAUCCUGCUCUAUGGCCUGGCUCUGUGUUGUCUGCAGUACGUCUGGGCCAUGGAGCUUCAGCCUGAACUGCCCACCACUGUGGGAACCAUGAGCCUCAGACAACUGGGACUUGACAGAGCCCAGUACCCCUGCCUAAGACUAGGAGCCAUGCUUCUGUUCACUUUAACCUUUUGGCUGUUAGUACGUCAGUCAGUGAAGGAAAACUUCAGCAUGAAGAGGAAACUGGCCACACCACUACAGGAAGUCACUACAGGAGAAGAGGGGGCAGCUAAUGAGUCGGUGCUGAAGGUUCUGGGAGGCAUGGUGAUGAGCUGUUACGCCAAAUACUGGAUCUACGUGUGUGGAGGGAUGUUCAUCAUGGUCUCCUUUGCUGGAAAACUUGUUGGAUACAAGAUCAUCUACAUGCUGCUGUUCCUGCUCUGCCUCUGUCUCUAUCAGGUGUACUAUUCUCUGUGGAGGCGUCUGUUGAAGAUCUUCUGGGGGCUUGUUGUGGCCUACACCAUGCUGGUGCUGAUCUCCAUCUACACUUACCAGUUUGAAGACUUCCCUGGAUACUGGAGAAACUUCACUGGUUUCACAGAAGAACAGCUGGCAGCGAUUGGUCUGGAGACGUUUGCUCUGUCCGAACUCUUCACCAGUAUUCUGAUCCCUGGCUUCUUCCUGCUGGCCUGUAUUCUGCAGCUGCACUACUUCCACAAACCCUUCAUGAGAAUCACUGACCUGGAGCAUGUUGCACCUAUACACAAAAAGAAGAUCAGGGAGAGGAGUGAGCAGAUUGGCUCUGGUAACGUGGGGGUGGACUUUGAAGAGGAAGACCUGGUGACUAAUGUCGACGAGGAAUCUGAAGACGAAGCGGUGUUGACACCCAGUAAGUGGGGUCUGGUGGUGGACAGGUUGCUGGUUCUGUCAGGAAGGUUCUCUGACAUUCUCACCAAAAUUCAAGUGUUUCUCUGGAGACUUCUGGAGCUUCACAUCCUCAAGAUGGUGGCCUUCUUCUCUGUGUGGGUUGCACUUGAAGAGCCAUCCGUGAUGAACCUGGUCCUUGUGGUGCUGUGGUCUCUGGCGAUGCCCUACGGUCGCUUCAGGCCCAUGGCUUCCUGUCUGUCUACAGUCUGGGUGUGUGUCAUCAUCGUGUGUAAGAUGCUGUACCAGCUCAGUGUUGUCAACCCUGCUGAGUACUCCAGUAACUGUAGCCUGCCUCUGGAAAAUGAAACCAACAUGUCACCAGAGGAGAUUAGCAACUCCCCUCUGUAUAUGGAGCCAGUGGAUCCAGCCAAAUGGUUUGGCAUCAGGAAAGAUGCCACUGUACUGGGAUACAGCAAGAACCAUUUGAUAGUGCUGAUGUUGUUGGUGUUUGAGGCGACAGUGUAUCGUCACCAGGCUCACCACUACCGCCAGCUCCAACGAUCUCCCCCCACCAUCCCCACUCUGUUUCCCUCCGCCACCAGGGACACUCUAGACCAGGGCCUCAUACCCUGCCUCAAGUACCUGCUCAACUACACCUUCUACAAGUUUGGAUUAGAGAUUUGCUUCCUGAUGACGGUGAAUGUGAUUGGCCAGCGGAUGAACUUCAUGGUGAUUAUCCAUGGCUGUUGGUUGGUAGCCAUCUUGGUGAGGCGGCGACGGGCAGCUAUCGCCAGGAUCUGGCCCAAAUAUUGUCUCUUCCUUUCCAUCUUCAUGAUCUACCAGUAUCUUCUGUGUGUGGGCAUACCGCCUGCUCUCUGUAUAGACUACCCAUGGCGGUGGAAUAUUCCAGUGUUGAUGAACUCGGCUCUCAUUAAAUGGAUCUAUCUGCCUGACUUCUACACUGUGCCCAACUCCAAAAACCUCAUAGCGGACUUUGUGCUGCUGAUGUGUGCAUCCCAGCAGUGGAAGGUGUUUGAGUGUGAGCGCACGGAGGAUUGGAUGGUUCAGGCCGGAGAGAACACAGACGACCCUGACCCAAUGGAAGGUCGACCGUUCAACCCUGCACCCAACUUCAUCAACUGCAGGAGUUACCUGGACAUGGCUAAAGUGUUGGUGUUUCGUCACCUCUUCUGGUUUGUGCUGUCAGUGGUCUUCAUCACUGGGGCUACCAGGAUCUCCGUGUUUGGAUUGGGCUACCUGCUCGCCUGCUUCUUUUUUCUGCUGUUUGGGACCCAGCUAUUGGUCAAACCAUCCAGGACCCGCCUCGCCCUGUGGGACUGCCUCAUCAUCUAUAAUGUGGCAGUCAUUAUAUCUAAAAAUAUGUUAUCAAUCCUGGCGUGUGUGUUUGUGUUUGAGAUGCAGAAUGGCUUCUGUUGGGUGAUUCAACUCUUCAGCCUGGUUUGCACAGUCAAAGGAUACUAUGACCCGAAAGUAGUGAGUGGCAAAACCUGCAGCCUCCCAGUAGAAGAGGCCGGGAUCAUCUGGGACAGUAUCUGUUUCCUCUUCCUGUUACUGCAGAGGAGGGUCUUCCUCAGUUUCUACUUCCUGCAUGUGACGGCAGAGCUGCAGGCUUCUGCAAAACAGGCCUCAAGGGGGUUUGAGCUCUUCAGAGCCAGUAUCGUGAAGAACAUUAAGUUCCACCAACAAGCUGAGAGGAAAUCUCUGUCACAGCUUAAGAGAUCGAUGCAGAGAAUUCGCUCCAAGCAGCAGAAGUACAGAGAUGGACACAAAUCAAGUGGAGAGUCCAACAAGAGUCAGACUGCUGAAAACCAGACAGACAAGAAAAGGUCCAGGAAGAAAAAGUGGUCCCAGCCAUGGUUGGACCAUGCUACGGUGCUCCACUCAGGAGAAUACUACCUGUUUGAAUCAGACAGUGAGGAUGAAGAAGAUCUGCAGUCUGAAGAACAGAAGCCUCAGAAACUGACGGCCUGUCAGUUGGCAUACCAAGCGUGGGUGAGCAGUGUGAAAGCAGCUUUGAGAGAACGUCAGAGACACCAGAGACAGCUGAAGAAGAUUGCCAGUAAAGACAAAGAAGGAAAAAUGUAUUCACAACAAGAGGCUUUCCCUGGGAUAGCUUCUGGUGACAAUGAUGUGUUUGAGGACCCUGUCAUUCAGGAGGAGGAAGGGGAGCCAGAGGAACAGGAGUCUGCUCAUGGUGAGAUGGUGCAGAAGAUUCUGGAUAUCCUGCGCUUCUUAUGGGCUAUUGUUCUGGCCAUGUUGGAUGGAGUGACUCAGUGGCUCAACCUGCUGACCAAACAGUACAGAGAGACAUCUACCGUUCUGUGCAACGAACGUUACUUCACGGUACACAAGAUACAGCAGCAUCACACUACAGCAGACUCCACAGAGGACCAGAUAUCUCAGGACAGUGAGAGUCCCACACUGGAGACCUGUUUGGAUGAGACUGAUGCAGAAAACUCCAUUAGAUACAGCUGCCUGGAGGUGGAUGGCGGGGGGUUGACAGGCCGGUCUACCCCCAGGCCAAGGGUCAACAGCACUGCAAACCUCCUGAGUCCAGAACCCCCAUCUAGCAGCAUGGAACUGGUACCAGUGCCACCCACGCAACAACACAGACACUCCAGAACAGCCAGCGAGCUGCUGGGAGAACGGCAUUUCUUCAUUGAGGAGCUGGAGCAGAGCAGAGAGUUUUAUAACAACCAGAACCGUCUGCUGAAGUUGCUCUUUGCCAUGUACAACCUGCUGGCAGCCAACUCCGAGCUAGUCUGCUAUUUCAUCAUAGUGUUGAACAACGUGGUCAGUGCCUCUGUGAUAUCGCUGGUCCUGCCCAUACUGGUCUUCCUAUGGGCUAUGUUGGCUGUUCCAAGACCUACCAAGAGGUUUUGGAUGACUGCUAUAGUCUACACAGAGGUGAUGGUGGUGGUGAAAUACCUUUUCCAGUUUGGAUUCUUUCCCUGGAACAGUGUUUAUGAGAUGACUCUAAAUGAAGACAAACCUUUCUUCCCACCUCGCAUCCUGGGCCUGGAGAAGACUGACAACUACAUCAGAUACGAUCUUCUUCAGCUGUUGGCUCUGUUCUUCCACAGAUCCCUGCUCAUGCGUUACGGCCUGUGGGACCAUGAGGGCCCCCUGGAGGAGCAGAGCCCCUCACCAGAAAGUUGUAAGGAUGAAAAAAAUGAAGAUGGAGGCGGGAAGGAGGAAAGAGGAGAGGUGGACGAACUGGACCAACUUGAAAAGGAUAAGGUGGACUAUGUUGAACCGAGUACCAGCUCUUCUGCUGCUGCGACCUCUCAGCCUCCUACAGCGGAACCAGCACCCACUGGGUCAACAGACGGACAGGGAUCUUCAUCUGGGCUGAAGAACGGGGAGGAUAAGAUGGAGGGAGACAAUGAGCAGGUGACAGAGGAAGUCCCAAAGAAAAGCAGCAGUAUCCGCUUCCGCAAGAAACCCAAACAACCCAAACAACGGGGCAGCAAAGUGGAGCCCACAGCUGAGACUGCAGAGCCCUGUGAAGAGCCAGUGAAGAAGAAGCAGAAAGGCCGGAGGAGAGAGGAAGCCAGUCAGAGAUUGCUGGCUGUGGGACACAAGAUAAAACAUGUCUUCAUCUCUGGUAUUCAGAGUAUUUACAGGCCAGCUCAGGGUUUCUUCAUGGGUAUUCUCCAUGCCGAGUAUCGGGCUGCCACAGAUGUCUAUGCACUCAUGUUCCUGACGGAUGUCAUCGACUUCAUCAUCAUCGUCUUUGGGUUUUGGGCUUUUGGGAAACACAGUGCAGCAGCGGAUAUAGCCUCCACCCUGUCAGAGGACCAGGUUCCCGAGGCCUUCCUGGUAAUGCUGCUCAUCCAGUUCAGCACCAUGAUCAUCGACAGAGCCUUGUACCUGCGCAAGGCCGUCUUGGGAAAACUCAUCUUCCAGGUGAUCCUUGUGUUUGGGAUCCACCUGUGGAUGUUCUUCAUCCUGCCUGCUGUCACUGAAAGGAUGUUCAAUCAGAACUUUGUGGCCCAGCUCUGGUACUUUGUCAAGUGUAUUUACUUUGGCCUGUCAGCCUAUCAGAUCCGCUGUGGAUACCCCACUCGUAUCCUCGGCAACUUCCUCACUAAGAAAUACAACCAUCUCAACCUGUUCCUCUUCCAAGGGUUUCGUCUGGUGCCGUUCCUGGUAGAGCUGCGAGCAGUGAUGGACUGGGUUUGGACCGACACCACUCUGUCUCUGUCAAACUGGAUGUGUGUGGAGGACAUUUAUGCCAACAUCUUCAUCAUUAAAUGCAGCCGAGAGACAGAGAAGAAAUACCCACAGCCUAAAGGGCAGAAGAAGAAGAAAAUAGUGAAAUAUGGCAUGGGUGGACUCAUCAUCUUCUUCUUGAUCUGCAUCAUCUGGUUUCCCCUUCUCUUCAUUUCAUUGGUCAGAUCAGUGGUGGGCGUGGUCAACCACCCUAUCGACGUCACAGUGACCGUAAAGCUGGGAGGAUAUGAGCCCCUGUUCACCAUGAGUGUGCAGCAGCAGUCCAUCAAGCCCUUCACCGAGACUCAAUAUGAACAACUCACCAAAGAUUUUGGAGACAAUGCGGUAGCCAUGCAGUUCAUCACUCUCUAUAGUUACGAGGACAUCGUGACGGCCAGCAUCGAAGGUAGUUCAGGAUCGGUUUGGAGGAUCAGCCCCCCCAGCAGACAGGAAGUCAUAAAGGAACUACUUGGAAGUCAUGCUGACCUAACACUACGUCUGUCCUGGAAUUUCCAGAGGGACCUGGGUAAAGGAGGGACGGUGGAACACACCUCCGACAAGCACUCUAUAGACCUGCAACCCGGGGACCCAGUCAGAGCAGAUCUGGCCUCACUGCUGAUUGGCAAUCACACUGAGCCGGUGCAUGUUCCUAAUAUGUUCCCUAACUACAUCCGCGCCCCUAAUGGAGCUGAGGCCAAACCAGUCAGUCAACUAGAUAAAGGUAAUGAAGGGUACCGGAAUAUAACACUAUCCCUGAAGAGUGACAGGUCACUGAACGGCAGUGGGAAUCAGGAGUGGUGGGACAUCGCCAUCGCAGGCUGUGCCCCCACCUCAUGUGGGGUUCUACCCAUGGUCAUAUUCAAUGACAAAGUCAGUCCACCCAGUCUGGGCUUCCUGGCUGGAUAUGGGAUCAUGGGUCUGUAUGUGUCUGUGGUCUUAGUCAUUGGGAAGUUUGUGCGUGGCUUCUUCAGUGAGAUCUCCCACUCCAUUAUGUUUGAGGAGCUGCCCUGUGUGGACCGCAUCCUCAAGCUCUGCACAGACAUCUUCCUGGUGCGUGAGACUGGAGAGUUGGAGCUGGAAGAGGAACUUUACUCCAAAUUGAUCUUCCUCUAUCGAUCUCCGGAGACUAUGAUCAAAUGGACCAGAGACAUCCACAACCGAGACCAAGACAGAUACUGACUGACUGGCUGAUAACGUUUGGUUGCAAUAGAACACAGUGAUUUCUGAAGCACAUUGCAAAGAUGUCCAUGAGGACAGCACAUGGGAGGCUUCUUCCUCCUUACCCGAGUGGACAUUGACUCACAGACAAGGAGACACAUGAAAGGAGAUUAUUAGACACUAAUAGACAUACUGUAUGAAACAUCUCCUGUUGCUGGACACUGGUCGCUGUUGCAUGUUCACAGCUGCCUAAGCACUUUCAUCAAACCACCUUACACUACAGACUAUUGAGAGUGGAAUUGCAGUCACACUAUGGGUGAGAUUGACGGCAGCAGGAUCGGACAUAUCGCCCCUAGAAGGCAUCAUCAGAGGUCAAAUUGAGCGGUGUUUCUCCACUGCGUGGCUGUAACCAUCUGCAGUUACUGUAUCAGUAUGCUGAUUGAUUUGAACGUGCCAUGCUGUCUAUCAAACUUGGAAAUGUUUUAAAAAUCAUUCAAUCUUGUAAAUGUGACGUGUGUGUGCAGUGGCCAUGGUGAUUUGGCUUUACAGCAUGAAACAAGGUUUAAAGGGCUAUUUUAUGUUCUAUUUACCUGGUCAGAAGUAGCCAAAGUCUGAGUUUGGACUGGUAAUCAAAAGCAGCUCUUUCAGUUCCAGGCCACCACAGCUCCCAGGUUCAGGGACAAUGGAUAAGACAGGUUAGUGAGCUGUGGAUCAGGCUUCAGGAAGACAAGUGUCCUGAAAUAGUUCCUGCUGGUUGCCUUUAGUUGGCCAUUUCAAAACCCAAGUUCAGUUCAGUUCGCUUCAGAAUACCUUUUUUAAUUAAAAUGUACACACAGCAGAGCACAGACAUACAGUAAACCUCAAUAAGACCCACAGGACGCCCCUCAGACAAGUGUUGGAUUUGAAUGUAACAUAAGGGAAAAUUGCAAUAUGAUUUCAACCAUAAAAAAACAUUUUGGGUUUAAGUGCCGGUUCUUUGUUGGUAUAAUGAGUGUGCAACCUUUACAAGAAAAUAAAGUAAAACAGCCCUCUA